UCAAGAUCGGAAACCCCUCUCUCUCUCUCUCUCUCUCUCAACCAUUGCAAUCUUGCAUUUUUCAAUCCAUAGCAAUGAAUAUUGCUGAUCCAAAGAUUGAAAAUGCUGGACCUUUCACUCGUGCAUGUGGAUGGCACAAGCUAUUGCCUAAUAAGAUAGUCGAGAUGGCAAAGAAGAUUAAGAAACUGGGACAAGAUGAUCCACGGAGAAUUAUCCAUUCGCUAAAAGUAGGACUGGCUCUCACAUUGGUUUCCUUAUUCUACUACAUCCAACCACUCUAUGAUCGUAUUGGCGAAAAUUCAAUAUGGGCUGUCAUAACAGUCAUUCUUGUCUUUGAGUUUUCUGUUGGAGCAACUCUAGGAAAAGGCUUAAACAGGAUGCUAGCAACGUUGUCAGCUGGUGCUCUAGGUGUUGGAGUUCAUCACCUAGCAACUCUCUCUGGUGAGAAAGGAGAGCCCAUUGUACUUGGAUUCUUCGUCGCUAUGAUAGCUGCAACAGUAACAUUUGUGAGAUUCUUUCCCACGAUGAAGGCGAGGUAUGAUUAUGGGCUGCUCAUAUUCAUAUUGACUUUCUCUUUAGUAUCUGUUUCGGGUUACCGAGAAGAUAAGGUGUUACAAAUGGCCCAUCAGAGGGUAACCACAAUCAUCAUGGGUAGCAUUAUCGCUAUUGUUAUAUGCAUCUGUAUACGUCCCGUUUGGAUUGGAGAGGAACUUCAAAAUCUAAUAGCUAACAACAUUGAAAAGCUUGGGAAUUUCUUACAAGGAUUUGGGAGUGAAUUCUUCAAAAUUUCAGAAGAUAGGCAGCCCUUGAGUGAUAUAGCAUUUAUUCAAGGAUAUAAAAGCCUUCUCACUUCGAAAAACAAUGAAGAAACUAUGGCUAAUCUAGCAAGAUGGGAAAUGUGGCACCUUCGUUUUGGGCUCUUUCAUCCUUGGAAACAAUAUGUUAAAAUUGGAACCCUAACUUGGCAAUGCGCCUACAAAAUUGAAGCUCUUAACAACUACCUUAACUCUAAGAUUCAAACGCUUAAUGAGUUUGGACGCAAAAUUCAAGAGCCAAGCACAAAAAUCUGCUCAGAAUCUGGAAAAGCUCUUAGGGAAUUAGCAUCAGCAGUCAAAAAAAUGAACCAACCAACAUCAGUUAAUGCACACAUUGAAAACUCAAAAACCGCUAUUGAAAAUCUGAAAUUCAUGCUUGAUACAUACCAUUUGGAAGAUGCUGAUCUCCAAGAGAUCAUGCCAUCUGCAGAAGUUGCUUUAACUCUAAUUGAUGUUGUACCAUGCAUCGUGAAGAUUGCCGAUGCAGUUCAAGAAUUAGCGUCCCUUGCACAUUUCAAGACUCCGGCCACAAGAGUGUCACCAUAACAACCAUAUGUAUGUGCUCCAUUGAUCAGAGAAUUGCUGCCACUUUCUGAUGGUUUAUAUUCGAUCUGUUGGAGUUAGUGGAUUUUUCUAUUAAGUCCAACUCGGGAACAAGAAUAAUAUUGUCUUUUGAUAAUAUAAGAAGCUCGAUCUAAUCCUUCAGCUGUGAAAUGCUCAUCUUGAGGGGAGUGUUACUGUUAGUAUAAUAAUGGUAAUAAAGACUGAACAAGAAAAAGAUAAUGGAUAGAGAUUGAUCAUGCUCGAUCUAAUUCUAUUACUGUAGAAUUUGUGUCAAUAAAUGUGUAGUUUUUCUCAAGGAUUGGGGAAUGUCAUGGACUUGCCUUUGUUUUGUA